UGUUCAUGGUUUUUUCUAAGGUAACCCAGCAAAAUGAACAUAAUUGUAUGGAUUACAGAUAUGAGAGGCCAGACGAUGCAGCCGAUAUUAUUGCAAAACCAGAGAAAGUUGAAAGUAAAACGUUGAAGCUGGAUUGUAAGGAAGGUCUACUGAUAUUAGACCGACAGUGUUAUGAAGAUCUCCAAAAGAGUCUUCAUGACUGGCGUAAUAUCCUGUGCGUCUACUGGCCAUUGUUAGUUCAAGCUAUAUUUAUAAUUGCAUUUAUCGUUGUCAUAUGUCCAUGGAUACGUCAAGUGUAUAACGACGAAGCCUCAGCUGCAUACGAGUCUCACGGUAUAUUAUGGAAUACACCUUUUAUGUAUGCAGAAAAUGCCGAGACAGUUAAAGCUGCAGGGCCGGAGAGUCGGGUCGCCUGCGGUUAUAGGUCGUGCUUCGCUUGGAAGAGCUUGCAGGUGAGGCCCCUGAGAAAAGCGAGCUUUCUUAAGAGGAAACGUACACCAAAAGAACCCCCACGCUCGUAGUAGUCAUUAAACCCAUCUCUCUCUGUUCCCGUGA